AUGGGCGAAUCCAAUGUUGGCGGAGAGGGAGUUGCUACCGUAGGCAAUGUCGAUCAGAGAGGUGUUGUGGCUUUAGCUGCUAUCUUCGAUAGGGGGUUAUUUCACUGGAAACUAAAGCGAGUCUUUUGCGAGAAUAGAACUCCAGAACAUAAUGACAGAGAGAAAGAUAAGAUAGAUGAAGAUGCCUUUGAAGCACUUUUUAGCCAACUGGAGGAAGAUUUGAAAACUGAUGUGAUAUUUUCUGAGGACGAAAAAGAUGAAAUAACCGAAGAUGAUCUUGUUAGGCUUGAACAGGAGUUAGACGAAGCCCUGUGUGAUGAAGAAUUUGAUGAGGUUUUUCCCUCUAGGUCAGAUGACAUGAAUUAUUCUGACGAUGAUGAAGAGUUGCAGCCAAAGCUUAAGAAUUGGCAGCUUCGACGGUUGGCAUAUGCGUUAAAGAUUGGUCGUCGUAAAGCUAGUAUAAAAAAUCUUUCAUCAGAGCUUGGGCUUGAAAGAGCUCGUGUGCUAGAACUUCUUCGCGAACCGCCUCCAAAUCUCGUAAUGAUGUGUGCUUCUUUGCCUGAGGAAGUUGCUAAAAACCCUGAACCUGUUUGUGAGCCAGUGGAAUCUUCCUUUGAUUCUGAUAUCAGCAUUUCUAAAAGUGAACCCAAGGAAGUUGUUCCUGUUCAUGUUAUGCAAACAAGAUGGUCAAUGCAAAAGAGAAUAAAGAAGGUUCAACUUAUAACCCUUGAAAGGGUUUAUGCCAGAACUAAGCGUCCCACUAAUGCAAUGAUUAGCAGCAUUGUUCAUGUGACGAAUCUUCCUUGGAAGAGGGUCGUGAAAUGGUUUGAAGAUAAAAGACUUGAAGAUGGAGUUCCUGUUCACCGUGAACCUUUUCAUAGAUCAUCUCAUGUUAAGACUAUUUAGUUUGGUCAAAGGCUGCUGCGUCAACCAAGUGGAAGAGUUUAAAAGGCAAGUUUUUAAUAGAAGAUUUGUUAAAUGAAUAUGAUAUAAGAGGAAAUUAGUCUUCUUGUACAGUUUGGCUGUGUUAGAAGAUUUUAUGUUGAUAGAUCUUCAACAUAACAUUUCUUUCUUACAAGUAUCUAGCUUCUUCCCCCAUUUUGGGCAGGUUUCUAUUGUUUGUAAAAGGGCUGUGAUUUUUAACUUUAUUAUUUUAUUUUAUUUUUUUAAUUCCUGUUGAGAUGCUAUUUAUAAAGUCGAAAGAUAUUUGUUGUUUUGUAACCUUAAUGUCAUAUUUCAUUCAA